GGCGAGGAUGCCCGGAGCGGCUGCAGGGACGGCGGCGACAGGAGCGGGCUCGGCGGGAGCGGCAGCAGCGGGGAUGCUCCCGGCUCAGGAGGCGGCCAAGAUCUACCACACCAACUACGUGCGGAACUCGCGGGCCAUCGGCGUGCUCUGGGCCAUCUUCACCAUCUGCUUUGCCAUUGUCAACGUGGUGUGCUUCAUCCAGCCCUACUGGAUCGGAGACGGCGUGGACACGCCGCAGGCGGGCUACUUCGGGCUCUUCCACUACUGCAUCGGCAACGGCUUCAGCCGGGAACUCACCUGCCGGGGCAGCUUCACGGACUUCUCCAGCCUGCCCUCGGGAGCCUUCAAAGCUGCCUCCUUCUUCAUCGGGCUCUCGAUGAUGCUCAUCAUCGCCUGCAUCGUCUGCUUCAUCCUCUUCUUCUUCUGCAACACGGCCACCGUCUACAAGAUCUGUGCCUGGAUGCAGCUGACCUCGGCUGCCUGCCUCGUCCUGGGUUGUAUGAUUUUUCCUGAUGGCUGGGAUUCAGAUGAGGUAAAACGGAUGUGUGGUGAAAAGACAGACAAGUACACGCUGGGGGCUUGUUCAGUCCGCUGGGCUUAUAUCCUGGCUAUUAUUGGAAUCUUGGAUGCCCUGAUCCUCUCAUUUCUGGCGUUUGUGCUUGGCAACAGACAAGACAGCUUGCUAGCAGAGGAGCUCAAGUUGGAAAACAAAGAUGAUGGAAAUGCUUAAAACAAGUUAAGGUAGUAUGACACAGACUAAUUCCUUCUAAGCCAAUCCUCACUAGAAUGAGCACAAAACAAAAUGAACAACAGCUUUUGUACAUCAACAUUAAAAUGGGAAGAAGCUUGGGAAAGGGCCUCCGAGAGAGAAGAACGCUGACGAGAGCAAAACCGCCUGAUUGGUAAACGCUACCUUCUAACAUAGACCAGCCAGACGUGGAAGGGAUUUCUGGAAGAGAAAUGCAAUCAUGGAUUACACACCAGCUCAUUAGAAACUGUUGCUGAAUACAGCAUUCAGAAGACAUGCAUGAAAAGUCACAUUUGGGGAAUAAAUUAAAAGGGGUGUAGUUGUUGCUAGACAAACAUAUGUAAAAUAUAUGCAUCGAGGAGGUUUGUAAAUGUCAUUUUUUUUAUUCAGACAGAAAGCAAAAAGCUUUAAAACCUUUCACAGUAGAGAGGCAGUUAACUCCAGACUAUUCCUAUCCCAGUAGCCAAGAAGCUGAUAGGGCAUCUCUUAAAUAAGCAUUUAUAAAUAGACUCUGAAUGUCUCCAUCAUCUAGUGGAAAAGCAUAACUUUUAAUGCUACAUUUCUGCACUUCAUUUACUUCAGUGUAUAAUAAGUUGACUAAAACUGUAAUGCUUCUCAAUUUUUACGGCAUAUGUGUUCCAAUUAAUCUAUGUCUGUAACAAAUUUAAGACUGAGAAAUUAUUUCUGACCUAUAAUCUAGUUCUAUGAAGCAUAUAUAGUAUAAGAUAUGUCUGACUGAAUACCAUCAUGCUAUAAUUUCCCAAGCAACAUAGAAUUUUUUGCAUUUAAAGUGACAAAAUAAAAGCAUUUGAUUUCUUUUUUCAUAGGAAAAAGUGAUAUACCCUUUAAAUGUACUAAAUAGCUGUAAAGGCAUUUCUGUUCUUUUCCCUGUUCUGCCACACAACUACGGGGGAAGAACUCUGGCCCCAUUAUUGCCAAUCAGGCUCGGUGAUUAAAUCUCUCUUCUGGCCUUAACUCCAAACGUCAGUGAAGAGACCACAAACAAAUGCCCACUGCAGACAGCUGUGUGCCAUACGGGUGUGCAGAGCCCAGGGCUCCUGUCUGCAGGGGCUGCCCAAUGGGCACCCUCCUUCCAGAGCAGAAAACAGAUGGAGACACAGGGUACUGAGAAAGAUCUGGGUCUGAGCACCAGGCAGAGAGCAGCCUGGGCUCAUUGCACCCAGUGCCACAUGCAGCUCCUCAUGAUAUGGCAGCAGGCCCGCACUCCUCCUGCCCUCUCCUGAGUAUCACCACCAACUCCAGCCCCAAACCAACACUGCCUGUUGCAUCACUGUCUGGCCAUCAGAGGAAAUGGCUAAAAGCACCACUGGUUGUUAUUGUCAGUCCUAAAUGAUAUGACACAUUGAAGACAUGGCAAAGCAUGAGUUAAAGCCGAUUUUUAAUGAUUAGCUGCACAACACAAAGUAUCCAAGAAUUUAGUGCGUAGAUCUCAGAAAAGUAGUUUCAUCUUUGGUUGAAAAAUCAUCUUCAAGCAAAUAAACUCAAGGAAUUAGGUAACUUAUUUCACCACCAAGGUACCAGUGUGCCACUGAUGAUUUUAGAAACCAAACACUGAUGUAGAUGGAUGUCUGCAAAUAAAUUUAUAUGUGAAUCUGGGGAGCAUUUAAAAAUAGAUAUAAAUAAAUGUUGUUUAACAUAAAUCUGCUCUUGUAAAUGUGUGUAGGAGACUCCCUGACCUCUACAGGACUGGUGUUAGAGCUGGUCAAAAAUGCCACCCAACUCAACCAACCCCUGUAAAUGUAAUCCCAGCACCUGCUGCUGUGCUGAAGUGCAUGCAAAGGAAAAAACAGAUACUAGGUACAUGAGACUGUAUGAAAUCACUGAGGUCCCAAUUCCAAAAAGUUUUUAAAUCUGUGGUCAGUCCAAGCAGUGGCAGCUGGGAAAUGCCUCAAAGGCCGGGUGCAUUCAAGAGUUCCCAUUCAGUGGUGUCUCAGCAAAGCCUACCUUCAGUCACUGAUCCUGUUGGCCCACAGACACGCACUCAUCUCAAAAGGCUGUGGGAGCUCUGCUAAUUGGGUGUGCUGUUGUAUAACCAUCUCCUCUUGCUCCUUAUGUUUACCUCUACCCCAAAUUAUGGCAGUCGCAGGACUUUUGCUGUGACAGAAAUCACUGAAACAGGGUUUCUCUGUCGUAUUUUAUUUGGUUAUAUAGCACUAAGUUUUGCAUCACGGUGACAGUGUGAAGACAAAGUCCUUUCUCAAUACACACAAAGUUGCAAAAAGUGUCAUCUCAAGACCCUGCAGCCCAACCAGGACAGCUCCACCAAAAUGUACCAUUUGUACACAAACAGGAGACUUAUAAGGACAUACAUCACUAAAUGUUGGUUCAGUAUGAAUAGUAUGUUUUACCUUUUUAAAUGUAACCGCUUUCCCAUUACACUCCAUUGUAACUUGUCAACUGUAAUUUUUUUUUUAAGUCAACAAAAACUGUAAAGAAAACUGUUGGAAUACCUGAUUUUCUGUAAAAAAUAAUAACAACAAUAAUUUUUGUUACUUUAAAGUAUGCUUGGUAUUAAAGUACCUAAUAAAGUUCAACAAGGAAUUUUGUAGCAUACUAAAA